AUGUGUAAUGACGCUGACAAUUUAUCUCUUCAGAAUAUCAAGCUCGUCGACAUAUUCAGUCGAAAACAUGUUUCUCUGCGCCUUCAAACGUUCCACAAGUUUCCAAACGAGAGUCUUAUCUAUCAUGGAUACCUGGGUUGCUCUCUGCUUCACCCAACUGUUGCUAUUUCCCUCCGCAUGCUUGCAGCGUAUCGACAAUCUCACAGGACCUGCCCUCGGUUUAGCAUUCAAGCACAAUGCAAAACCUUGUGCCACCUGCAUGAUAUUCCGUAUCAACCAUAUUUCAACACACAAUUUUUGGAUGCGUUUGACGUUUACCUUGAGAUCUUGAACUGUGUUGACUGUAUCAUCAAAGCAGAGCUAAAACACGACUUACCCAACUGGCGCCUUCUAAACUCGUGUCCAUGUUGCUUCUAUAAACUUGAGGGUGAAGAUAAACUAGCAUUCGAGUGGCUCGCUACCAUCAACAGAAACAAUAGCUUGAAAAGAUGGUCGUCAUCUACAUAUGGCACAUCUCCACGCGAGGAUUCAUGGACUUAUCGUUCUGACUAUUGGCUCAGUCGUGCGAAGGUUGAUGAAUUCAAAAUUGGCACUCAAACACAAUCAACUAAUCAUUCAAAUUACAAGGGACCUAAUGAUGACUGGGAGGAUGCUGUACAACCGGAGUCGGGAUCCUUUCAUUGUGUUGAUCGCUGGUGCAAUGCGGGUCCAGAGCAACGUAAACACAUGUUUUCUGUUUUUGACGAGUCCAGAAUCUUUAUUGCAGCUUGUCGCCACCGGUUCAUUCUUUUAGCCUGUGAUAUGGUGAAGAGUGGGGAACUCGCAAAAUACCCAUUGGCUAUUAUAGAUCAUCUGCUCGGUGUUUAUGGCAAGAAUGGUGGAAUCACAUACAACAUUGGCUGCACAUUUUCCAAAACG